AUGGGUGAGCCACCGCCACCGUAUAGCCCGCCGGAAUAUCCACAAGGUACACCCACCCAACAGGGAGGGUACCCAGUAGUCCAACAGGGGUACCCAGCACCAGCACCACCGUCACAGGAGUACCCACAGAAGACAGGGUACCCAGCCGAGCAGGGGAACCCGGCCGAGCAGGGCAACCCAUCAACGCAGGGGUACCCAGCGCCAACAGGGAACCCAAACCAGGAGUACCCAGAGAAAGCCGGAUACCCAGCUGAACAAGGAUACCCAGCUGAACAAGGAUACCCAGCGCCGCAGGGGUACCCAUCACAGCCAGGGAACACCUCACACCAGCAAGGUAGCCCAGCACAGCCAGUGUACCCAGGAAACCCACCACAAGAGGGGAACCCACCGUCACAAGGUUACCCAUCACAGCCCCAACAACAGGGUUACCCACAGAAGGCCGGAUACCCAGCUCACCAAGGGGACCCACCUUCAGCACCCCAGGGGUACCCAUCACAGCAAGGUUACCCAGCGCAGCCCGGGAAUCCAUCGCAGCCAUACUACUCACAAAAGGCUGGGUACCCAGCACCUGAGCAAGGCAACCCACCGCCAACUGGGUACCCACAGCAGCCGGGGAACCCACCACAACAGGAUUACCCACAAAAGUCCGGAUAUCCACCAAAAGAGGGUUACCCCGCACAGCAAGGAUACCCGCCUGCACCCCAGGGGAGCUACCCAGCCCAGCAGGGUAACCCAUCGGCACCCACUCAUCAGGGGUACCCAGCACCUGCACAUCAGGGUUACCUAGCACCCACACAGCAGGGGUAUCCAGCAGCCACACAGCAGGAGUACUCGGCAGUCCAGAGGUCCCCAUCACCUCAGCACAGUUACAGGUCCCCAUCACCUCAGCCCAGUUACCCAGCAGCCCAGCAAGGGUACCCAGCAGCGGCACCACAAGGUGGCCCUCCGCCCCAGCAUGGCUACCCACCACCCAAACAAGGGUCCAUGGUACCCCAUCAGGGGCACCCAGUCGCCCAACAACCCGCGUACGGAGCUCCAGCCUGCGGCUCCGUACAGUCGUCAUCAGUCACGAAGACGCGCACGGUAAGUACUGUCACAUGA